GAGAGAGCCAUCACGUACCUGCCAGUCAUAUAUCAAUCAAUCAUGCUGCUACUUUGCUGCUUCAACUCUUCUCCUUGCCUUCCAAGAUACCCCAAUCCCCAUCUCUCCCCACAAUGGCUUCUCAAAUCCUCUCUUCGGGCCUGGAAAAGGCCCAGCAGCUCGCUGGAGGCGCCAAGGGCGCGAAGCUUGACCAGCUCGACCAGGUCACCCGCGAUGUUCACGACUCGAACCAUCGCAUCACUUCCGAUUUUGGUGUCAAGCAGACCAACACGGACGACUGGCUGCGGAUUGCUAGCGAGGAUAAGACUGGUCCUAUGACGCUCGAGGACCCCUUUGCACGUGAGAAGAUUAUGCGUUUCGACCAUGAGCGUAUUCCCGAGCGUGUGGUCCACGCACGAGGCUCUGCUGCCUUUGGAAAGUUUACUUUGUUUGAGAGCGCCGAGGAUGUCACCAACGCUGGCGUGCUCACCGACACCAAGAGGGAAACCCCUGUCUUCCUCAGAUUCUCUACCGUUCUUGGAAGCCGUGGAAGUGCAGACACCGUCCGUGACGUGAGAGGUUUCGCCGUCAAGUUCUACACCGAGGAAGGCAACUGGGACAUUGUUGGAAACAAUAUCCCAGUCUUCUUCAUCCAGGAUGCUAUCAAGUUCCCCGACGUUAUCCACGCAGGCAAACCCGAGCCUCACAACGAGGUUCCCCAGGCCCAAUCGGCUCACAACAACUUCUGGGACUUCCAGUUCAUGCAUACCGAGGCCACUCACAUGUUUAUGUGGACCCAGUCGGAUCGUGCCAUUCCCCGUUCCUAUCGUAUGAUGCAGGGUUUCGGUGUCAACACCUAUACCCUCACGAAUGCCAAGGGCGAGCGUCAUUUCGUCAAAUUCCACUUCACUCCUGAGCUCGGCGUCCACUCCUUUGUCUGGGACGAGGCGCUGAAACUUGCUGGCCAGGACCCCGACUUCCACCGUAAGGAUUUGAUGGAGGCCAUCGAAAACGGUGCCUACCCCAAGUGGAAGUUCGGCAUUCAAGUCAUCCCCGAGUCUGAGGAGCACAACUUCGAGUUUGAUAUUCUCGAUGCCACCAAGGUCUGGCCUGAGGAGCUUGUCCCCAUCCGUUACAUUGGUGAGCUCGAGCUCAACCGUAACAUUGACGAGUUCUUCACCCAGACUGAACAGGUUGCCUUCUGCACAUCGCACGUUGUUCCUGGCAUUGGUUUCUCCGAUGACCCUCUCCUCCAGGGCCGCAACUUCUCCUACUUUGACACCCAGCUCUCCCGUCUUGGUAUCAACUGGCAGGAGCUUCCGAUCAACAAGCCCGUAUGUCCGGUCAUGAACCACAACCGCGAUGGUGCCAUGCGCCAUGGCAUCACCAAGGGAAAUGUCAACUACUGGCCUAACCGCUACGAGACUGUCCCUCCAGCUAAGCCAUCGGAGGGCGGCUAUGUUGACUACCCCGAGAAGGUUGCUGGUAUGAAGGUCCGCAUGAGGAGCAGCAAGUUCAGGGAGCACUAUAACCAGGCUCAGCUCUUCUACAACUCCCUCUCGGAAAUCGAGAAGAGCCACGUUGUUGCCGCUCUCUCCUUUGAGCUUGACCAUUGCGAAGACCCCAUUGUCUACGAGCGCAUGUGUGAGCGUCUGUCUGAGAUUGAUCUCAGCCUUGCUCAGCAGGUUGCUGAGGCUGUCGGCGGCGAGAUUCCUCAAAGUGCGAAGCGUCCGAACCACGGCAAGAAGGCGAAGGGUCUCAGCCAGCUCGAGUACAUGCCCAAGGUGCCCACUAUCGCCACGCGCCGUGUUGCCAUCAUCAUUGCUGAUGGGUACGAUCCCGUGGCUUACAACGGCAUCAAGGCUGCUUUGACUGCGGCCCAGGCUCUCCCAUUCACCCUUGCCCCCCGCCGUACUCCGAUCUUUGCCGCCGGCGAGGACCCGAAGACUGCCAAGGGCGUCAAGCCCGACCACCACCUCGAGGGCUUGCGUUCUACCAUGUUCGAUUCAAUUUUCGUGCCUGGUGGCGCCAAGGCUAUUGAAACGCUGCGCAAGAACGGCCGUGCUCUGCACUGGGUCCGCGAAGCCUUUGGCCACCUCAAGGCUAUUGGUGCCGUGGGCGAGGCCGUAUCCUUUGUCAAGGACGCUUGCGCGCUGCCUGGCAUUACCUUCUCUGAGAGCGCCGAUGUCGUUGAGUCAUACGGUGUUGUCACGACCACUCAAAUCAAGCCCGAGAGCUUCAAGGAGGCCUUUGAGAUGGCCAAGGGCGCCAAGGACUUUGUCGACGCGUACUUCUAUGCCAUUUCCCAGCACAAGAACUGGGAUCGCGAGUUGGCUGGCUUGAGCGCGAUGGUUGCGUACUAAGCUGGAGAAAUCUGUCGGGAAUGAUGUGUAGGGGAUUUGUGGGAAAAGCUGACAGGGAUAUCUUCUAUCUUACGGGAACAUGACUUAUGACGAUAGUCUAUUUAAUAAUACAAAAUGGAUUUUCUGAAGGACGAAGAC